GGUUUUAUCAUGUUCUUGGUUGUCUCUGAGAAGGAAUAUACAGCGUUAAAAUAGUAUUGAUGCGACGUAGAAAGAAAAUGUACUUCAGGAAAAUAAGGCCUUUAUGAAAACAUUUGGACGAUCCCAGGAACCUUUGACGGCCUCCAGAUAAGGGUGCUAAACACAUGACGUAACUUCUGCUGGAACGAUUGCCCGAUUAGGUUUAUGAAAACGACUUGGGUUUUAGCGUGAGGAAAAUGUCGACUCCAGCAAGACGCCGUUUAAUGAGAGAUUUUAAACGGCUGCAAGAAGAUCCUCCAGCUGGGGUUAGCGGGGCCCCAUCAGAGAACAAUAUCAUGGUAUGGAAUGCUGUCAUUUUUGGACCAGAAGGAACACCUUUUGAAGAUGGAACCUUCAAGCUCACCAUUGAAUUCACAGAGGAGUAUCCAAAUAAACCUCCAACAGUGCGUUUUGUAUCCAAAAUGUUUCAUCCAAAUGUGUAUGCAGAUGGAAGCAUAUGUUUAGACAUUCUUCAGAAUCGUUGGAGUCCAACUUAUGAUGUUUCUUCAAUUUUAACUUCAAUACAGUCUUUAUUGGAUGAGCCAAACCCAAACAGCCCAGCCAACAGCCAGGCAGCCCAACUGUACCAAGAGAACAAGCGAGAGUAUGAGAAGAGGGUUUCUGCUAUCGUCGAACAGAGCUGGCGUGACUGUUGACCCCUGUGAUUGUUCACUAAGUAUGAACAAUGUCCAGCCCGAAAUCAAAAGAAACUACAGAUCAUGAAAUCAGAAAUAAGAUGACACAUCUUAUAAGUCUCAUAUCUCUGUCCCCAUGCUAUUGCUAAGUGUGUAUGCUGUUGUGGUGUGGCAUUCCCUCUUGGAGUGCUGUUGUUGGGCAAUUGCGUAUGUUUGUUAAAGUAAAUGUACCUUGUUAUAUCUGGGUUACUUGUUACAUGCCCCACCCUCUUGAUUACUUUUUAUCAAAAGGUUAGCCCAAGUUUAUCAUCUGUCACUUUUGUACUUGUUGAUAUGGGUGUUUCGCUCACCACCAAAUAAGUCAGUUGAAUGAUAUGGUGUUGAUAAUUAGGUGUUCUUGCUGUGGGGAUCCACAGACUGCAUAUAUUUCAAUGGAAUAGCAUUAAUGGGCAUGUUUUCCUUGUGGGGGUUUUUUUUCCUUUUUUUCUUUUUGCCUUUGAGAGGGAAUAGCAUGAUGGGUAAGAACAAGAGAAAUGUGCUUCAGGAUAAAACAUUAACCUGGCAUUAACAUCUCUUCCUCUAACAAGUUGUCACUCAAUCAGCACUUUUUGGGUAUGUCAGACUAGAGUACCAGUCGUUGUUUCAAAUCUACACUUAAAAGCCAUUACUUUGAUUCAGAUGUUAGGAAAAAAAUGAACAUGCACGUCUCAAGAUUCAUCAAGGCUCUGUAGCAGGUCAAGUGUGAGAGAAAUGGACAUUAUGCACCCUUUCACAGCAUACACUUGCAUCAUGUGCAGAACUUCACAAUGCUGACAAUAUACCAAGAUGUUGGAGUAAUGCUAUGCUAAUUUCAAGUCUUUACUUAUCAGCCUUCAUAAAGACUAAGCUGGUAAUACUGUCUGAACAUGUUUGCUAAUGUGUCAUUUUCCAAGGCACUACUUUCAGAAUAUAAAACUUUGCACUGGUAACCCAUGUAACAAAUUGUACAUUUUCUUAUUGUAAAUAAAAUAAAUAUGU